AUGGCUGCGAUAACUGCUGUGUGUGAUUUGAAACCAUUCAAAUCAAUGUGGAAGAUCCGGGUUAAGAUUAUACGUUUGUGGAAACAAUAUUCUGCUGCUGGUGGCCUAACGAUUGAGAUGGUUUUAAUCGAUUCUAAUGGUGUUAAGAUUAAUGCGUCCGUUAAAAAGGAUCUGGUGAAUCAGUUUGAUUCAUUUCUUUCAGAAGGCAGUUCCAAGAUUUUCAUCAACUUUACUGUCAUCCCCUCAGGUGGUUCAUACCGAACAACUAUUCAUCCCUACAAAAUUGGGUUCCUUUCCACCACCCGUGUGAGGUGUUGUGAUGAUUUACCCAUUGAGUUAACUGGUUUUCAACCAGUCAACUACAUGGACAUUCUCGAUGGGACACUCAAUACCGACUAUUUGGUUGAUGUAAUGGGUCAGAUUGUGGAGGUUACCCCACUUGAAGUUGUAUCAGCUAAUGGGAAAGAGACUAAGAAAAUCUCGAUUGAGCUUCGUAAUGAAAAGGAUGAACGUUUGCCAAUGGUUUUAUGGGGUAACUUAGCUACUGAUAUCAGUGAGGCUAUUCAAAGAAGCAGUGAAAAUGUUAUUGUUGUUGUUUUACGCUUUGGGAAAAUUAAAGUUUGGAAAGAAGAGCGUAGUGUGUCCAAUGCUUAUAACGUUUCAGAAGUGGAAAUUAACCCUUUUGGUCCCGAGGUGGAGGCUUUUAUGUCAUUGUUACCGAGGGAUGAACUUGCAUUGUCAAUUGUCCAACCCAAACCGCUUUUGCUAACUAAUGGUACUGGUGAUAAAAAUGAUUUUUUUGUCAACACUCCUAGGAAAAACAUCCAACAGUUGAUUGAGUCAAACCAGGUUGAGCAGUGUAUUGUGAUGUGCACAAUAGCAGCUAUUGAUUCCGAUAUGGGUUGGUAUUACUUGAGUUGCAAAGUAUGUUCAAAGAAGGUGUUACAUGUUCCUAACGAAAUCACAGAGGAUGGAGAAGAUGACGAUGAACUGGGAUUUCACUAUUAUUGCGUCAAAUGCAAGGUGAAGAACCCGAAGUUGCUGCCAAGAUACAAGUUGCAUUUGGUUGUGCUAGACAAUACUGGGAAUGCAAAAUUUCUUCUUUUCGAUAAUCUUGCAGUGCAACUCAUUCAUCAUCCUUGCAAUGAGUUGGUUGGACCUAAUGCUGAAGAGAUGCAAGACCCAGAUCUUAUUCCUAUGGAACUCAAAAAUUUAGCUGGGAAAACCUAUCUGUUCAAGGUUGCCAUUGAGAGAGAUAAUUUUCUAUACAAGAAUGGGACUUACAGAGUCCUGAAAAUCGUGACCAACAUUGAGAUGAUUACCGAGUUCGAGAACUUGCGUCAACCCCAGGCAAUGGGAAAUACUUUGUGUUUGGAAGAUUCUGUGAUUUCAGAUGCACCGGAGGGAUCCGCAAUGUUAUCUGGAGGGUCGUCCCAGGAUGUUGAAACUAACCUAUUGACUCCUGCUAAACGCCCAGCCGCAACCGUUUUUAACUUGGAGGAACACUACGACGAGAAUUCUGUUACAAAGAACGCAUGUUCCGUUCGGAUCAAAAAGGAGAAGACUGACAAAAGUGGCUGA